AUGGCGGAACUGGUAGACGCGCUAGCCUUAGGAGCUAUGCAAAAUUUUGCCGAACGCGUGAAGAAGAUUACCGGAGGACAACAUAGUUACUUGGCGGAGGUUAAAAUUGACGGUUUAUCGCUGAGUUUAGUUUUUCGCAAUCAUCGUUUUUUAUAUGCCGCCACACGAGGAAAUGGAGAAAUAGGCGAAAAUGUAACGGAUAACGUUUUAGCGAUUCAAAGUUUAAAAAAUUUACGUCGGCAAAAAUUUCCCGUUAAAAAUUUUGAACUUCGCGGAGAAGUUUAUCUCACUCAAAAAAAUUUUCAAAUCUUGAAUCAAAAAAUUCAAGAUGCUCAAACUGUAGAGCUUUUUUCCAAUCCGCGAAAUUUAGCUUCCGGAAGUUUGCGUCAAUUGAAUGCCAAAAUUACGGAAAAACGAAAUUUAAGCCUCGGUUUCAGCGAAAAAUUUCCGAAUUAUGCUUUGGCUUUUAAAUUUACGGAAAAAAUGGUCGAAACUCGAAUUCGAAAUAUUUUUCCCACCGUCGGAAGAACCGGCAAAAUUACAUACAACGCAACUUUGGAUAAAGUUUUUUUAGAUGGUAGUAUGAUCGGCGCGGCAACUCUUCAUAAUGCCGAUUAUAUUCAAAAAUUAGAUAUUCGUUUAGGCGAUAUGGUGAUGAUUAAAAAAGCCGGAAAUGUAAUUCCCAAGAUUGUGAAA